GAGAUGAGCAUCCAAUGUAAUUUCAAUUCUAUGACAGACAAGAGAGAAGCCAUUGCCGUCUCCAUAGAAAGGAACGAAGAAAACUCGGAAAAGAAGAAGUUCGUUUCCUUUCGUGACGUUUAUUCGGAAGGAAAAGAGAAACCUUAUUUAUCAGGAUAUGCAGCCCAAAAGAGGACUUGGAUCCACGAAGCUUUCGGUUCCAUUGCAGCGUUUGGAGGUGCCGCUCUAGGUGGCUUGUUAACUCUUCAUCGAAUAGAGAUGUACCUUUUGAAAAGAUUCCCGAAGCAGUGGAUUCUUCACGGCUUCAUAGCUGGACCACCUACAGCUACUGCGGGAAUGUUAAGCUCCGGGAUAGUUCAGGGUUUUGUGAGAGGCUGUUUUCCACCCAACUAUGCAGAGAAAGGCCCUCGUUGGUUAGAAAGCGACUCUUACGCGGGUUUACGCCUAGCCCGUAUUGAGAAGACUCCGGACAUCUCUUAUACGAAACAGCACUAUUUACAAGCUGUUAGUGCCGAACUCUCGCCAACUAUCCCCAGUUAUAUUGGUUUCUUCUCUUGUGUUGGUUUUCCGUUAGCAGCCUAUGAGCCUCUCCAUAAGAAAUGUAGAGAAAUUGUAUCCGGACACUUGAAUAGGCAUUCACAACGUAGCAUUGUUGUGUUGGCUUCUCUCUUGAAUGGUUUUGGAUUGUGUCUUUUGUCCUUAUGUGGUCUUUAUUUGAUGCCUCCAUUUACUACGUUUCUUUUGAAGAGUCGUCAUGUUAUUUCAGAAACUCUAGAAGGUGUUGGAUUUGAUAUACAAGAAAAGUAUCACGAUAAAAAGUCUCAGAGUUGAAUGCAUGUUUCCAGUUAGUUUAGACUUGAGUAAAUAUCAAUUUUUGGCCACAUAAAGCAACUGGCAUGUUUUGUAUA